GUACCAAUAUUUGUGUUUAAAUAAGUAGAUAAAUUGCCUAGGGUUGUGUUUUUUGUAAUUUUGAGGAAUUAAUAUCGUGUAUUUUACAAGUGGACUGAUGCGAUUUAAAAAUUUGCAGGCUUAUGGGUUUAUACUGAGAGUGCUAAUAACAUUACUAAUUUUCUCAGAAUGAAGUAAUUAGAGUCAAUCGAAAUUCUUGGAAUCCAGCGAUUGUGAGUCAAUGUCAAACGCAUGAAUACAACUAGGACAAUUCUAAUAGGCAUUCCAACUCUUAAAGUGUUUAAAUCCGAUUAUGUGUUCUAUUCAUUCGUUCACAUCAAAUCAAAUCGAGAAAUUACGUGAGUCUCUUCUACUUUGGUAUGACAGAUCCAAGCGCGAUUUGCCAUGGCGUCGAAUGGCCUUGAAUCCCGAUCCCAAUUUACGUGGUUACGCUGGUAUGUUUGAUCAUUCUCUAAAUUUGGUGUUCCAUAUUCUCUGUAUGUGUUCAGUUUGGGUAUCGGAAGUUAUGCUUCAACAGACUCAAGUAAAAACAGUUAUUGAUUAUUAUGAUCGAUGGAUGAAAAAAUGGCCUAGUGUUGAUCAACUAGCCUUGGCUUCGUUAGAUGAUGUCAAUUCUCUAUGGUCUGGAUUAGGUUAUUAUUCCAGAGCUCGUCUACUGCAUAAAGGAGCACAGAAAAUUGUCGAUGAAUUUAAUGGUAUUUUCCCCCAGUCUGCCGAAGUUUUAAAGCAUUCGAUACCUGGUGUUGGACGUUAUACAGCUGGAGCAAUCGCAAGUAUUGCGUUUAAUCAGUGUACUCCUGUUUUGGACGGAAAUGUAAUACGUGUUCUAACACGUUUACGUCAAAUUGGUUCCCCUGUACAAUUACCUACUACUAUGGAAUAUUUAUGGAAUUUAACAACUAAACUUGUUGAUCCUAAUCGACCUGGAGAUUUUAAUCAAGCUUUAAUGGAAUUAGGCGCAGUUUGUUGUACACCAAAAAAUCCUGAUUGUAUAAAAUGUCCACUUAAUAAAGUUGGUUUAUGUGAAUCUUAUAAACAGGUGAAUGUAAGCAAAACGGAUUACAUUUCAACUGAUCUUGAAGAUUGUCAUUUAUGUAUUAAUAGUAAUGUUUAUCAAGAAAGUCUUGGAGUAAUGAAUUAUCCUGUGAAACUUAACAAACGUGAACCUCGUAAACAAAAUACUGUUAUUCUAAUCACACAUACUACGAGAAAAGAGAAUGAAGCACUAAAACAUUACUAUCUACUUUUACAACGACCUAAAACAGGCCUUUUGGCUGGUUUAUGGGAAUUUCCAAGUUAUACCAUUGAAGAUAACAAGUUGACGAGUGAAAUUCAAUCAUCAUCAUUUAUUCCUUUAGUUAUUGAUCGAAUUACAAAUGCGUUGAAUUCCUCACUGAAUAUAACUUCAGUUAAUGAAUUAAAUGUGAAACCUAUUGGAGAGGUUUUACAUAUUUUCUCGCAUAUACACAUGACGUAUAUCGUAUUCGAGUUAAAAGUUGAACAAGAUCAACAAACAAUUUCCUCUGAAUGUUUAAAUAAUUCUAAUACUACUACUACUAAUACCACUACUACUUAUGAUUGGCCGCCUAGUUUAAAUUCUGGUCGAUGGGUUAGUCGUGAAGAUUUAAACGAUUCCGCUAUAUCCACUGCUACUAGAAAGAUAUUUGCUCAUUUUGAAAACUAUUCCAAAUCAUCACAUUCUGAAGUUGAUAGAAAUCAACGAAAAACCAAAAGAACCUCUGUAAACAAACAAUCAUUCGACUCCAAACAAUCAAAAUUAGAUAAUUUCUUUCAUUAGUGCAAGAUUCUUUUGCUUCGGAUGAACAAACAGUCAAAAUGGUGAAGAAAUUCUUAUUGUUAAUCCUAAUCAGUCAGUCAGUCAGUUAUCUACAACGGACAACGCAAUAUGGAGUUAUCAUGACAAAUAUCAGAGUAAAGGAAGCAAUAUCAGUGAUAUUAGAAAAGAUUGGUCAUAAACAAUAUGGUUUGAUAAGAAACGAUGAAUUCUUGGCAUAAAAAGUAUGAAAUAACUUUGAAACUCAAGAUCAAAGGAAAGCAAAGAUUUAAUGUAUCUAUUCCAUGGCUAUCAACUCUAAGCCAUAUCAUCCAGUAUGUAAAAAUAUUGAAUACUGACCAGUUGCAGUCCUAACAC